GCCUUAUCCUUUCCCAGCACAGGGAUCACAAUUUUCUUUGUUCCCUUUAUACUUUCUUCUUCUUCCCUCUCUCUCAAACCCCACCAUGUAGCUCUUGCAGCAACAAUGCAAGAGAAAGUUCAGUUCUUUUCCAACCACAAAUCCUCAUUUCCUUACCCUUUCAAGCUCCACAAUUUCCCCUCUUCUCACCAUGAUUUUCCUUCACUUUCUUGCUCAAGAACCCUUCAUUUUCCCUCCCUUUCAUCCAAAACAAACACCAUUUCUACCCCUCCCAAGCCUCCCAAAACUACUGAACUCCCCUCUGUAUCUGAACCUGUUAAUAACCCUCCUACGCCUCCGCCACCAAAAGCCGAUUUUCAAGAGAAAAUGCUUUACCUUGAUUCCAUAGGAAUCGACAUAUUCUCCCUUGUCGACCAUCAUCGUCCGGUCAUUCUCUCUGCUUCCCUCGCCGACAUAAAAUCCAUAGUUGAUUUAUUUACAUCCAUGAACUUCAACUCCCUGGAGUUCCGCCGGAUUGUUUCUAUGUGCCCAGAAAUCCUUGCCUCCAAUGCAUCCACCAUCGUUCCCGUCUUCACCUUCCUUCUCCGGGAAGCCCGUGUCAACGGCUCCGAUAUUAAGCGAGUCAUCAAUCGACGGCCCAGAUUGCUAGUCUCCAGCGUCAAGCAGCGGCUGCGUCCCACACUGUACUUCCUCCAAAGCAUUGGCAUAGAAGAGGUAAACAAGCACACCUAUCUGCUCUCCUGUAGCGUGGAAGACAAACUAUUACCGAGAAUUCAAUACUUUGAGAAUAUGGGUUUCCUCUACAAAGACGCCAUAUCCAUGUUUAGGAGGUUUCCCCCACUCUUUAAUUACAGUAUAAAAGACAAUAUUGAGCCCAAAUUGAAUUAUUUCGUGGUGGAAAUGGGAAGAGAUUUGAAGGAGCUCAAAGAGUUUCCACAGUACUUUUCAUUUAGUUUAGAGAAUAGGAUUAAGCCGAGGCACCAAUCCUGUGUAGAGAAAAGUAUGUAUUUCCCUCUACGUGCUUUGUUAAAGACCAACGAGGAGCAAUUUCGAGGUAGAUUGGAUGUCUGUUGUAAUUCUUCAAUGCCAUUGAGCUCGUCUCCUUUGUCAUGUAUAAGUUGUCAUAUUGAUUCUAAUACAGAGUGAAAAGUUUUUAUAUUUUUCAUGUAUCUUUGAAUUGGUGUGCUCUGUCCGCCUGUAAAUUGUUGUUUAAAAUGUUAUUGCUUUCUAUUCA